AUGGACCGGGCCGACUCCUACAAUACCAUCAGCACCCUCAACUUCAACGGAACCACCUACGAGGUGGCCACCCACGUAGCUGACCCCUCAGACACCUGUCGCGGCGUCAUCCUCCUACCCAUCAACUCACCCGAGCAAGCCAUCCUCCCCACCCUCAUCAGCUACAAUCCUGACCUCACAGUAGGAUCCGCCAGGCGAUUGGGCAACACCGAGUCCAUCCUGAUUACCUUCCAAGGGAAGCGCGUCCCCUACUACAUCAACUACGAGGGUUGUGCUCUCCGCUGUAUCCCUUACCGGCAGAAGAUCGAGGCUUGCACUCGCUGCCACAAAGUCGGCUAUCGCCAGGACGUGUGCCCGUUCUCCACAGACACACGCUGCCCGAAUUGUGGAACCCUCGACCCCUCCAUGGACCACGACUGCAAACCGGUGUGCAUCGUCUGUAACGGUGCACACCCUACGGGCUCCCAGCUGUGCAAGCAGUGCUACAAGCCCCAACAGACUCCCUCCAAGGCAAGGAGCCAACAAGAACCCUCAUUCCCGGCCAUAGAUCCUGCCAAAGCUCGCGCCAGGAGCAGCAGCAAGACCCCAGGGCCACACUCUACCUCCCAGGGCGAAGCCUGGCCCGCCCUACCACCACCACCGCCGCCUCCCUCAAAGCAAGCAACACCCCCACCCCAGGUAAGCUGGGCUAGGGUAGCCUCCACCUGCUCCUCGCCAUCUCAGCCCUCCAAUCUCGAAACAUCUCUCCUUCGAGAGAACGCCACUCUCAAGGAGGAGAUUCGCCAGCUAAAACUGUCGCUUCAGUCCACCCAGCCACCCUCCCCCUCCCAACCUUAUACUCUCCCAUCAUCGCAACCUCUCACACCAUCACUCCCAUCACCUACCCCUACAUCCAACGAACCACCCUCUCCCAUGGAUGUUGCUCCUGAAUCUCAGCCACCUACGACACCCUCUCCCCCCAACAAACGCAAAACCCCCGAUACGCCGCGCACGGAAGAUCGCCUAGACGAUACCCUCCUUGGGUUUAACGAUAGAAUAACCACUCUUGAAUCCAAAGCCCACCAACUACAACAAGACUUCAUGGCCUUCCAACAAAGCUGCACCACGCAAUUUGUCGCCCUUAAUGACAAACUCGACCGCUUUCUUGAGUCCGUCAUGGCACAACUAGCCACUCUCACCCAAGCCAUCACUCCACCCCCAACUAACUCCCCACCCGCACUCCCGAGUGAUGGCGAGUAG